CGUAUCUCAGCCUUGUUCCAUAUUGGAUAUAAGACAAGCACUGGGGUAAAAUCAAAGUUAAAUGGGUUUGGGGCGGUUGAGUCCUCUGGCUCCAUUAUAUUUUCAGAACAAAGCCCCUACAGCUUUUGUUCACUACCUCUUCCUGGUCUAUAAUCUCAAUUGUGGCUUCACACCCUUUUCGUCAAAGUUCAAAACUUCCUUCAGGAAUUUUCAGAAUAAGCUACUUUUUUUAUGCUCUUCAUCAUCUGCACCUGGAAACCAGAGAUUAGCAGUUAGAGAGUUUGCCACUCAAGCACCGUUACCACCAAACAUGGUUAAGGCCAUUAGGGUUCAUGAACUUGGUGGACCUGAGGUUUUGAAAUGGGAAGAUGUGGAAAUAGGAGAGCCAAAUAAGGGAGAGAUUCGUGUGAAAAACAAGGCCAUUGGUCUUAAUUUCAUCGAUGUAUACUUCCGCAAAGGGGUUUAUAAGGCCGCUGGGUUUCCCUUCACUCCAGGUGUGGAGGCUGUUGGGGUUGUGACAGCAGUUGGACCUGGACUAACAGGCAUUCAGGUUGGUGAUGUUGUAGCUUGUGCUGGUGGGGGCUCUUAUGCUGAAGAGCAGAUCCUUCCUGCAGAUGCAGUUGUUCCUGUUCCUUCCUCUAUUGAUCCUGUUAUUGCAGCAUCUGUCAUUCUUAAGGGCAUGACAACUCAGUUUCUAGUUCGCCGUUGUUUCAAGGUUGAAAAAGGACAUACAGUUCUUGUUCAUGCUGCAGCUGGUGGAGUUGGAUCUCUGUUAUGCCAGUGGGCUAAUGCUCUUGGUGCCACUGUCAUUGGAACUGUCUCAACUAAAGAGAAGGCAGCUCAAGCCAAGGAAGAUGGAGCCGACCAUGUUAUCAUCUAUACGGAAGAGGAUUUCGUUGCGCGUGUGAAUGAGAUAACAUCGGGCAAUGGGGUUGACGUUGUCUAUGAUUCUGUAGGAAAGGAUACCUUUGAGGGAUCAUUGGCAUGCUUAAAACUUCGUGGAUACAUGGUGAGUUUUGGGCAGUCAUCCGGAACCCCAGAUCCGGUACCAUUAUCAGCUCUUGCAGCAAAAUCAUUGUUCUUAACAAGGCCUACAUUGAAGCAUUACAAAACUACUAGAGAAGAGCUAUUGGAGAAUGCAGGAGAGGUGUUUAUGAAAGUUGCAUCAGGAGCGCUGAGGGUUCGAGUAAAUCAUACAUACCCUUUGUCUCAGGCAGCGCUAGCACAUGCAGAUCUUGAGGGUAGGAAAACUUCUGGAUCAGUUGUUCUGAUACCGUAGAGACAUCCAACAGGAAGUGUUUUGAAUUUCCAACUCUCUACUUGUAAAGAAAGAAUUACAUGGGUUGGUUGUUAUUGUGCAUUUUGUAAGAAAAAAAUAAAAAUUGUGCUGUGUUUGGGAUGAA